AUGCCUACUGAAUUUAUCAGUCUUACCUUUCCCAAUGCUUCAACGGAGCUAAACCCAAUUCCUGGUGCGGCGAUUGAUCCGGCGUACUUGACCCGAUAUGCCCGGUCCUUGGAUGACUAUGACUUCAACUACACCUUGGUGCCAUACGAUUCCUCCUAUUUUGACCCCUUCACCGUCGGUGCCACUAUCGCCGCCGUCACCAAAAACCUCAAAGUGAUCAUCGCGCUCCGUCCAAAUACCCUCUAUCCAACCGUCGCCGCCAAGGCCCUGGCAACGCUGGACCAGCUCAGCAACGGUCGAGCCGUCGUCCACUUUAUCGCCGGUGGAAGUGACGUGGAACAAGCCAGAGAGGGUGACUUCCUCAACAAAGAACAGCGAUACGCGCGUCUCGAGGAGUACAUCCGCAUCCUCCGCCGAGCAUGGGAAUCCGCUGACCCAUUCGACUGGGACGGCGAGUACUACCAGUUCAAACAGUUCAGCAACAAGGUGCGCCCCGUCAACGGAACCAUCCCCGUCUCGGUCGGCGGCUCCUCAGAUGAAGCCUAUCGCAUCGGCGGUUCCCUGGCGGAUAUCUUCGGACUCUGGGGCGAGCCACUCAAGGAGACAAAAGAGCAGAUCGAUCGAAUCUACGCCGAGUCAGACAAGGCGGGUCGUCCUGUGAGCGAACGACCACGUAUCUGGGUUACGUUCCGUCCUAUUGUCGCGGAGACUGAUGAGCUUGCCUGGGCAAAGGCACAUAAGACCUUGGAUGCGUUGAACGCACAUCGCGCGAAUGGACAAGGGAAAGCGCCGGCUAAUGCGCCGCCCCCUCAGAAUGUGGGAUCCCAGCGGUUGCUGGAUAUUGCUGCUCGUGGUGAAGUUCAGGAUCGUGCUCUUUGGUACCCUACUGUCACUGCGACAAAUGCGCGUGGAGCUUCUACCGCUUUGGUCGGAUCGCAUCAGACUAUCAUUGAUUCUAUUUUAGAUUAUGUUGAUCUUGGUGCUGAGCUUAUAUCUAUUCGCGGGUAUGAUAACCUUAACGAUGCUAUUGACUACGGACGGUAUAUUUUGCCCGGGGUGCGCGGGGAGCUGCAGAAGCGGGGAAAUGGUGCAUGA